AUGGCGGACACAGUUCCAUCUGCAGGAUAUCCGAAGUUUUCUCUUACCGAUUCCAGAUUUGAUCAGGUGAGUAAGGUCAUUUUUCCAAAGAAACAGGUCUUAAGUUAUAUUCUCGGGAGAUUUUUAGUUUGUUCAAAAAAGUGUCUCAUCUCGCCCGGUGUAGCUGCGAUAAUUAACUCUAUAAAAUGAUAUGUACCAAUGAUUCAGUCUGCAGAGUGUAUGGCAAGUGCACGCACGAGCCCAGCCUGUUUAAGAAAGGUUAGCGCGUACACCAAAAUCGUAGCAUUGCACGCGGCAGCAUUGGGCCUAGGAGAUUUGCACCCUUCUAUUACUGGGGCGUGGCCAUUAAAUUUUUUUCCAAAUGCACCCUAACCUCUCAACCUAGCCUGUUCCAGGCUCCGAGAUAGUCGGGUCUGCUGAAUUGAGAAAGCGCAAACAUGACAAAAACAAAACAAAACAAAACAAAAAGGGGAGGAAACUGGGGAGAGAAAGAGCGGUGGAGCCUGUAAUCAUUUCUUUAAACAGCUUGUUCUGGUAUACCAGCCCCUGGUGUACCCUUUUAUUGGUCAGAUUUGACAGGUUAUAUCAACACUCUCAAAGCGGGUCGUUCCUGUCACUCAGAAAGAUCGCAUGUGGCGUCCACAUGCGUGAAAUAGAGGAUUAUUAUAGGAGCACUGAGGAAGGAACAGAAGACCUGCCUUGUGAACUUGGCACGUGGAAAAGAUGUUUUGCAAUCCUGCCAACCAUCUUCGGUCUUGCCUGAUCACCAAAAAGCAAUAACAGAACAGUCGCAAGAAGAAGUUAUUAACACGGGAGGAACUACGUGCUCCAGUAUUUACAUUAUCUUUAGAAAACAAGCUGGAGCUUAAAAAUCAUCGCUUAAAGUGCAAUUUUGACCUUCUAUUAACAUAGUUCUCCAUAUUUAAAGUAGCUUCAGUUUAAGCUGCAAUCCAUUCUUCGAAAUUUGGAUCUGUGAAUCACUAUCCGUGAGAAUUUAAUUCAUGAUCCUGUCAUAUUGCAAAAUACACUAACAAGCCGGGCCCAGCAUAACAAAACAUUGUAAGACAUUCAUGGACAAAAGAAAAUCGCUUUUAGUUAUUCAGAUCAAGGAGGGACUUUGGAGAAAAUUAAACAACCUAAAACCCUUACUUAGUUGCAAUGAAGGACUUUACAUUUCAAAAGAGGGGAAAGAAGUUGUAUUGCAUCAGAGGGUAAAUCAUGCCGACCUGAAACAAUUACCGCAGAAAAUCAAUAUGUGUGUCAUGAUCUCUCAGUAAGAAAUAAGCGGCAAAAAUCACAUUUUGCUCUGUCAAAACGCAGACCCGUCCAGAGCAUAGUUUACCCAUAAGAGAAAAAAUUCAUUGGAACAAGCAUCAUUUUGGCAUAAGGUGAAUGUCGUGUGUUGCUUACUGACCCCUGUUUUACACUCCAAAUUGCUCUUGCUCGAAUAAGGGAUUAGUGCCGGGCAAAGUGCUCUCGCGAGAAAUUUGAGAAAGAUUCCAGCUCAUUGAAAUGUCAUCAGUUUGACAGCCAAAUCUAGUUAUCUCACAUGCCAAAAGUGGGUGGAAGAGGGUCGUAAAAGAAAUGAUGGCAGGCUCUAGCUACCGUUUUCCCUUUUCCCUGGCCGCCAACUUUUCGCAUGCCUCUCACUUUCGCGUCUUCCCCACUCUUUCACGUCUUCCCCACUAUUGGAGAGCCUGGAACAGGCUCCUCUCAGCCAGUCUGCAGAGUAUGGCAAGUGCACGCACAAUUUUUUAUAAAACGUUCAUUGUGAACACCAGAAUUGCAGCAUUGCAUGCAGCAACUGUAAAACUAAGAGACAUGAUGCUAUUCAAGAAUAUUCGUCAUUACUUGUUUACUCGGUUUUUAAAGCAACACUGCAAUGAAAAGGUGAGCGUCAUAUCCCAGUGUUAUUCUCUCUUACUUACAUAGGGAGGCAAGCUGAUGACCUGACAAUAAAAUUGUUCAAGAUUCAAGAGAAAUUGAUAGCUGCGUGAGACUAGUGAAGCAAAAAAAGAGCUCCUUAUUAAAUAAUUGAAAGAAUAAAGACACAAUGUCAUAGAACUUUACAGUUAUGGAAAUAAAGUUUACAACAUUUUACAUGGCUGUAAAUGGCUCUGCAUGCACGAGAUGUCAUUGAGUUCUACCAUACUCCGCAGGCUGGCCUCUCAGCUCUGCUCGUCAUGUCCAUAUUCCCUACUUACCAUUGCCUUCUCAUCAGUAUAGUGAGGUUAUAUACAAAUCGAUCGACUGGCAAUUUCUUCAUGGUCUUGUUUCUAGUCCUUCUUUCUAGUGAACCAAAUGCUAAAGCAUGACAAUACUAGGGGUGUCCAGGGGUUUGCUACACAGGGAAGAUUUGACAUUUAGGUCAUCUAAAAUGGCUGGAAAUGUGCCUAAAAUUUGUAUCCUUCUUAUACUGAGCCCCUACCCGCAGAGGCUGUUUUUGUCGCGGGUUUUAAUUCCUUCAAAUUGUCGGUGUUUUUUAAGUGAAUUUAUGGUUUAUAGCCACAAAUGGCAAAUAGCCAAUAUCCACUUAAAAAUUCCUUAUAUUUUCCAUUCACAAAUGCUACUUCCAACCUUUUCUCUGUGAUGCAUUUGGUAAAAAGAGAUCACUAAGUAAAAUAACUUAAGCAUUGGGUUGUAUGUGUGUUUUUUUAACUCCACCAACAUUGACGGUUUGACGAAAAGCUUUUCAGUAUACUGGAUGAAAAUCAUUGACCUAUUUUACCUUUUUUCAAGAUCGCUACUUGUUUAUGGAAGUUUCACUGUUUCAUCAGGAGGCGGGAGCUAGCAUGCACGCUUAUUCCGGUCUAACGGAUUUUAUUGCACACAGUGCAUGCGGAUAAAAUUGGCUCUGCACAAACAGGAUUUUGUCAAGUGCUGCUAUACUCUGCAGAGCGGCCACUGAUCGCCAAAUAAGACAAGUAACAAUUCCACUCUUUUAAUGUCAGUCUUUUUGUGAAACUCUUAGAAGAACCAAGUCGUGUUUAUUUUUUCUCCUUUCUACGACAGUUGACCUACUGGGGACGGCUUAAAAGGUGUCUGGAUGUAACAGAUCCUAGAACGCUGUUUGUUAGUGAGGUAUGUUUCUACUAUUAAUUUUAUUAUAUGUUCUCUUAUUUCAAGGGGCCUCAUUUCAAUUUAUUGAUUUGGAAUUACUGAUUGCAGAAAAAGCUCCAGGAUUCUAUCAAUCUUUUAAAGCAGUUUGAAAAUGGGACUUUGCCCCAUGGUAUAACAGAUCAUAAGGUAUGAAUCUUUACUAUUAACUUACAACUUCCUACCUUAGGUAUCUCUAGACCUUUUUUUGAUAAAAAAUCUAGACUUACAUCAAGUACUGCCAACAUUAAAAGCUGACAUUAAGGCUGUAGAUGUUGCAGGUCAAAUUAUAUUCAGGUUAAAAUUUUUUAACCUGCAUACAAUGGUUGAUUCUUUGUCUCGUAGCCCUAAUUUAUGAAUAAGUAGGGCUAGGAGACAAACCUGAAAAUAAUUUUGACCUGUAACAUAGAUGUCUCUUGUGUUUGACCAGUUCCAUGCAAAUUGAGCUCAAAUGGCCCUUUAAGUUGAUACAACCACUCGAUUUAAAAAAUUUUGCCAAAGUUGGGAUAGGGGUACUCCCUUAAAUUUGCUAUGGGGAUGUGCCGCUGAGUCACUGAGACUCUAGACCUGUCCCAGAUAAAAAAGAGGUACAUUUGCUGCCCUGUUCCAGACAAAUAAUUGUGGCUGGCUCAGUCAUAUAAAAAUGAUGAGGGGAGUGUACAUGUAGUUUCUCACCCAAACUUGACCAAGAAUAACAAGGGAUUAUGUGGAAAAAUUGUCCCUAUUUCAGAGUCAAACAGAAGUAAAUAUAUCCCUUUUCCAGAAAUAAAGAGUGAUUCUAUACCCUGUUCCAGAUCAGUCAAAGGGGUAAAAAGAAUACCAUGUUGAGUGGCACAUACCUGUGUAGACUAUAUAUGCAAGUAUACCCCUGGGUUCAAAGUUAAUGUCUUUAAGGGAUACAAAUGGUAAAAUUCCAGACACACAGAGAUGCUGAGACCAAUAAAAAAUCCAACCGAAUCUCAACAUUGGACUUGGGAAAGAAAAAAUCCGAAGAAUCUUUGAAAAAAAAAAACCAAAAGAACAUAACCCAUUCACCCCUGGAGAUUUUGCCAAAAAACGCGUUUUGAAGCUAGUCAAGUUUUCUGGUCACUAUCGUGCUAUUAAGAGCUAAAACUUACCACAAAGCCAUUUAGAGGUCAUACACUUUGCAGCCUUCUGAUUCAGAUGCAAAAUAUUAGCUUGCAAAGUUCGGGCAUGCACAGAAAGCAAAAUUUCAAGAUUUUCUUGCCUCAUUUUUUUUCUUUUGCUGGGCAUUUAGUAGGCUUCAGUUUGGUGGGAGAGGUUUUUAGGAAAGCUUUUAGGAUCUUAGGAUUAGAUGAAAGGAAAGGUAGGUGGGUAGUGGAACAAGAUUUUCAUUGCAAUUUUCUAGUCAACAUUACAUGGUUUUUUUCCUUUUUCUCCGGCGUCCUUGACUGAAUAGGCUCAUUCUGGUACGGUUCGAAAGAUCUCUUUACUCUGUUCACCUUAGCGGAUAAAGUUGUCCUUGACCAUUAAAACUGAUGACGUCACAAGCGGUAGAAGGGAUGUGGAUCUGCAUGGGCGGUUACGGGCAGCUUGUGCAAAUGGGUUAAUGGAAAAGAAAACAAAUGCCAUCAUACCAUGCCAGAACCAUAGAUUUGUUGUACCUAAUUGGACAAAAAAAUGUUUUGCAUGUGAUUUGAUAUUUACCAUUCCUUUUGUUUCUAGCUCUGGCAAGCAAGGAAAAUUAAAGAGGUAUGCUGCCAUUAAUAUUUCAUCUAUAAAUAAUUUGAUUAAAAAAAACACCGCAAUUACGUGUAAAACAUAACAUUAUAAUGGUGACAAUUAAAUAUCAGACAGUUUUUGUUAGGAAGUAGAAGAUAGUUAAAUACCUGUCAGAAUUACACUUGCUAAAGUUAAGUAUGCAAUAAUUCUUGUCUAUUCCUAGGCCAUAAUACAUCCAGACACAGGCAAAAAAGUGCUGAUGCCAUUCAGAAUGUCAGGUGUGUACAGAUGUGUAUUAAAAAACAAAAAAUGGCCAUUUUUAUGUCCCUCAUCUGACUCACAAUGAAAUUUAUGCUUUUAUGUCUUUGUUUUAUUGCAGGGUAUGUUCCUUUUGGGACAGUGACGGUAUAAUAGCAUUUUUUGAGUUGUUUUGUCAAGAUGUAUCUUUUAGUGUAUUUUUAGUAGUCUUAUGAAACUAUGGUUGUGUUUGUUAUGCAUUAGACAGUUUUGUUGUAAUCCUAAAUAUUUUAAAUGAGGUGGCUAUUCUUUUCCAGCUCUUUCACAAAAAGCUAUUGUCAUUAAUCUAGAACAGGGAUCUGGAAAUAAGCUUGUAAUAAUAAUAUUAUUAUAAAUUGUACUUCAAUCAGUCCCUGUUUUUGUAAAUUAACUUCAAGUCUGCUCAAAAUUUGAAAUGAAUUUGUUCAGGUUGUAGGGAUGUUGUUACCAGCACCAUCUUUGAAGACGGUCAUAUUCUGGCAGGUACUUUUGCAUGGUUAUCAGUAAUUGAAAUAAUACUAAAGACAUUCAUAGGAUGGCAGGCUGUCUUGAUCAACUGUCUUACUAGGCUUCAUUUUGGUGGGAGUGUUUUUUCACAAAAAUGCAGAGAAAAGAGAGUUUUGGAAUGUUCUUGUCAAGACACUUUUGCCAUAUUUUAUGGUCUAUUUGACUAAAGUAUGCUCAUUUGGGUAUAGUUUCUUCACAAGUCAAGUGUCGAAGUUGUUUAUGGCCAUUAAAAAAAAUGAUAAUCUUAUUGACAAUUUCACAAAUGAUGCAACGAACAUGGCUUCAGAUGGUCAGUUAAGCUUGUUUAAUGGUUGUUAAGGUGUAAAUUUUUUGAUAUACCCCCCCUGCCCCUCUUCCUCACAGAAUCUGCCCUAUUGGGUUUCAGCAAAAUUCUGACAUGGGUGGGCUUCAUUGUUCUAUUCUCAUUUUUUAUUUAUGUGUUGCAGGGUGCAAAGAAAAAUUUUUUAAAGCUUGCCCCCCUGAAGCCCCUCUUACUAGCCCAGACAUCAUUUCAGCUAGCCCCAAAAUCUUUUUGCCCAGAAUUGAUUUUACAGUUCUUCAGCAAAAUUCCUUCAAAAAACAUGGGUGGGCAAGUUAAAACAGAAUUGUUAGCCCGAUAACAAAAUCCAUUUUUCGGAUUUAUUUCUUUGCAUGCUGUGUUGAUUAAGCUAAAGAGCAACAGAUCUCGACCAUGAUACAGAGUUGGCAUUUUACUGUCAUCUUGUCUCCCUCUCUAAAUAAUAGUAGUCUUUCAAUUUUCCUUCCUGGCAUUUUUAAACUGAUCCUUGACUGUUUGAACAUUGCAGUGGAUGAAUCAGAGUCACAAUGCAGCUGUAAACUAUUCCAACAGAAACGCAAGCAAGGUGAUGAAAAUAGCUUGAAUAUUAUAAUGUGGAUGGUCAUUAGAGUCCCAAGUGGCACCCUCAAGUAUUUUCUUGACUAGGAAGGGGAGGCCGGAAGGUGGGGUUUGAAACAAGGUCUCAUGUCGUUUGUCCAAACAAUCUCUGCCUCCAAAAAAUCCCUGGUUAUUAUUUUUUGUACCCACCAAAUUCCCUGAGGUAUUUUCUUCACUAUCAGGUAGGAUUAGAGUUUUUGUAGUAUUAUUUUAAAAAACGUAAGAGCAAAUCAAGCGUAUAUACCAAACCACAGCCUGGUUUGUCUUUCAGCCAAGGAAAUAAGUAAUCAUUAAAUAAUGAGUAGUCCCACUUUACGUAUUUAGAAUGUACAGCAAGCAAUGUUUAUUUGAGUCAAUUUUGAUAUUAAUUAUUUCGAGCUUACUAUUAUUAUUUGAUUUUCCAGCCAACCCCAACUAGCCGAUUUUUACUGAGUUACUUUGGAGCUGUUACUAGCGCUGUGUCAAUAGCUGUAAGUUGCUUUCCUGAUCCUACGACAAUUGACUAACAUCAUCAUCAAUAUCAUCAUUAUUAUUAACCAAGCACUAAGACUUGUUCAAAACUUACAACCACCCCACUCCCUCACAUUCUCAGUAGGCAUGUAACAAUACUCCUGGCGUUCUUUUGGUAAAGCGUAUUUCGCUGCUGAAAUUAAGGAAAAGACUUUCCAAUCCCCCGCCACCCGCCCCCCACCCGCCCACAGUGGACAUUAUCAACUUGAAUAACUAAAAUAGUGUUUGAAGCUGUGUGCUGGACCAAUCCAGUUCAGGGUGAUUUUUGCGAGCCUGUAAACACCGUGAAAUGAAAAAGCGUAUGAGGAUGGAAUGAAGUCUUGCUGCCGCAAUUGAUACUCACCUUGGGGACUGGAGAAAGGUCAAAACGAGAUAGAGUGAUUUUGGGUGAUUGUUUUAUACAGCUGUAGCUGGAAUUUUACCCUAGCAGCGUGCGCCCUUAUUGGAUUUUUCAAGGUCACAUGACAUCUAACAAUAAAACAGUUCCCCGCCAAAAAAAUUAAAUUAACUCGGGAUCUUGGGAUCUUUUUGAACACAGCUUGGACUUACUACUUUGGUGAAAAGAGCGAAGAUUUCCAAUCCAUCUUUGAAAGCUUUACUUCAGCGUUUAGUGGCCUAUCCCGCUACAGGUAAGUUUUACUUACUACAAAUGUAUUAUGCAGUGUUUAUGAAGCCCGACAGACUCGUAUCAGCGGGUUAAGUAGGGAGCUUAAGCAACAACAACGGCGGCGACAACGACGAAAACGUCAAAUUCGCGCUGCUUCAAACUUUAUCGCUCUUAUUCCAUCUCGUUCAAUUCGUCAGAUGUUGGCAAAUUUUUCUGCAGUCGAAUUCUAAACAACUCUAUCGAAGUUCAGGAAACGAAAAAAAAGCGUCGUUCUUCGCAAAACGUGAAAUUAGGUAUCUUUCACGUCGUAGUUGUGCAGUGACGUCAAAGAAAUGUGCAAAGAAGCGUGAUGCACGUGCAAAGUUGUUGUUUUGCUGAUCUAAACCUAUUGCUUUUUUUUUUUUAAACAUUUCACUUGUAGAGGGAUUUUUUUCCCAACUUAGUUCAACUCUUUAGCAACUGUUUUUGUUUGUGUGAGUUGUCUGCAAGAGUUUUCUCGCCUUCACCCGGUCAGAGAAAUAACUGAACUAAACAAACAGAGAAAGGCUGGUUCGAAGUUUUUUUUCAUUUGUUGUUUUCUCUUUCACGCCUUGUAGCUACUGCAAACAUUUGCAACGUGGUCCUUAUGAGAAAUCAGGAGCUGUUCACGGGGAUUGAAGUGAAAGAGAAAGAUGGAAAUGUUGUAGGAACUUCAAAAAUAGCUGCUAGAAAGGUAACUAAACUGCUGAGUCCAUAACCCAGAGCGAGAAACUCACAACCCCAUAUUCAAUGACAUUCUUUCAAAAUUGCGUUACACGCAUUUUAGAUUAGUUCUUUUUAGGAAUAACGUAAGCUUUGGUGCUUUGGGCUCCUUUAAGCUGUUUGUGUUUGCUAAUUAACGAACCGUACCAGGUAUUUUUUAAUUUCUCUGCAAACUUUAUGGUAAAAGGGCGGAGGUUAUUUUGAACAUGGGACGAAGCGCAGGCCAAAACUCAGGACGAGGUUGACGCUUGAUUGCGGCCUUAUGUCCCAGCCGGGAUGAAGAGGUUGAGCGAGUGAGUGAUUUUGAAUUUCGACCUGUUUCGCGUUAGCCUGAGAAAACAGUCGACAUUUCGCGACGCUACCACUGGGACCCACUGGUUUCCCCGUGAAAUGACGUCCGAGAAACGAGUGAGAAAUUCCAUACUGGGAACGUGUCACUACCCAGUUCUGGGUAGUGCUACUGAUUGGUUGAAGAAAAUUUUCCACGCGGCACGACCAACCACAAGCACCACCCAGAUGUGGGUAGUGACGCGUCAUCAGUAUGGAAUUUCUGCACUCGUUUCUCAGACGUCAUUUCGCGGGGAAACAAGGAGUAGCGUCGCCAAAUGUCGACUGUUUCCUCAGGCUAGUUUCGCGCGUCUUUCCUUACUUAACCAGCUAAGGAGCACGGAACGGACAAACAAAUUAAGAAUUUGUUCAUGCUUAGCGUGCGUAUAUCGAGUUAUGGAUGCACGCGGGAAGUUUGGAGAACACGAAAGAUGCGUAAGAGUUGCACGAGGCGAUAGCCGAGUGCAACUCUAGCUUCUUGAGUGCUCUCCAAACUUCCCAAGUGCAUCCAUAACUCGAUAUACGCACAGCUAAAAGCAUGAGCAAAUUCUUUUAUAACAUAGCUGACAAAAAUGCAUGCUUUUUGAUUAACUGCAAAAUUCUCUUAACGUGUGACACAAUAACAAACGGUUCUAUUGGCUGAUUAUGAACACGCCACAAUCGUCUAGUUUGAAUGAAAAUAUCCUUUCUGUAAAAGUGAGAAAGAAAAUUUGCUUCUUUAUUCGUUAACGAUCAAUGGAAACUAAGCAGAAACAAAGGUAAAAGAGUCUUAAAGUUCACCUAAAGUUAAAACUAACAUGUUCAUAAGAAGUCGUGGAGUAUGAUUUGGAUUUGCUGAAAAGAUGUUUACGUUUUGCUCGGCGAAAUCCAGAAAACAUGUUUUUAGUGAAGACGACUGUCAUCCUUCUUUAAACUUAUAUUCAUUUACGAACAUUGGCUGGUCAUUACGGCUUCUUGAGGAGACCUGGCAGCAGUUGUUUUUGUGAGUAAUAAAUUUAUGUCUUCUCGUGUAAUUUGUGUUGUUAUUGCGAUAGAAAUUUUCCUGCUUCAGUCGGAUUGUCCGGAGAUAACAAAAGUGCAUAACAAAUUUAAAAACAGCAAUAAAAACGGAAAUUUUGCCUUUAAAUGUUGUUGAUGACCAGUUGGUGUCUGUUCUGUUCCCAGUGAAUGUCUUUCGGCCAAAAUUUGCUGCAGCUGGUCUUCGACAAAUUUGCGAACGCCACGCAACUUGCGAGAUUUUUUAUUUUAAUUCGGCUUUAUUUUUGCUGCUUGUUGGAUCAGGACCUAAAAGGUCAAUGCCGAUAGAAAAAUUGGGCAGUUCUUCGCUGGUUUCUUCCAUAUUUUAAAGAGAAGGAAAAAUUUACUGUUCUGCAGCUUAAAAGACGACAACUGUACUCAGUUUACGGCCAGAUAAAAAAAAAUGCUCACGUCAUCUUAUUUACUCACGGGCGUGCGUAAAUAAAGAUUUUGUUCAUAGCGGCUCAAUAGGACUCAUAUUGGGCAAGCACGCGCGCUAUCUAAUAACACCGGUUUAGCCAUCGUUUUUUGUUGUGUCUUGUUUUUUCUUUUUUGUUUUUGUUUUCAGGCGGUCUUUGAAACAACUUUAACUCGAGUGUUACUUCCGCUACCUGUGUUGGUGAUUCCGCCGUUUGUUAUGCAGCUUCUAGAAAGGUAAGGCCCGGUUCAGACGCCGCUCCACUCAUGUGCCGAACCUAACUGAUGAAUUAAGUACGGCAAAAGAGCGGCCUCUGAAUCAAUUUGGUACGGUAGUUUUAGUUUGGUGCGGCAACAACAGCAGCCGCUUCGGUUUUCGCACAGAGUCGAGUGCGAAACGCGAGUGACAAGCGAGUGACGUCUGGGUACGAGGCAACUCAGUCAUCACAUUUUGUAGAGACAAGGAGUACUUGUCAGGGCCAUCCAACGUCAAUUUUUGGAAAAUAUCUGUUCGGAAGACGAUUUGAGAUCGAGAAUUUCGGAGCAUUUGUUGUAAAAUUUCUUGCUUGCCUGCCUCCCCAAGGAUUUUGGAACAUUUAAAAAAUGGUAUAAUUGCCCAUUUUUAACGGAUUUUUACCCUAAAAAGGUCACCUAGAAUUUUUAGCCUUUUUUCUUGCUGAAAUUUUCGAAAAGGUAAGUUUUGAUCCCAAUUAUUUUCGGAUCACUAGACUUUCUGCUAGGAAAUCCGAACAGCUGAAAAUUUUUUAGGGGAUAAAAAAAUGCCUAUAUCUACCGUUUAAAUACUAAAAUACGUCCAACAAUGCUAUGUUUAAGCGGUUUUGAACUAUAUUCUCGUUGGGUGCCCCGACUUGUCCUUUAAGGUGUUUCGAUACAGUUUUUGGAGUACCGACUAGCAUUAUUCAUUCGCCUCUAACAAAUUGUUAACACUAACUGGCUUUGCAUUGAGCUGCAUUGAGAGCCUGCACUUGAAGUUUGAUAUGAUUUAGUCUUUGGUAAAAUUGAUAUCACUAUGAAACGAUAACAAAGAAAGGUCGAAAUCAAUUCAAUUCUAAUUAUGCACUAUCUAGACCUGCUAUUGAAAAUCCGGGUAUUAAAGUGUACUUUAUAGCCAAUUAAUCUCCAAUCUUGCCCAAAGACCGAAUGUUUACAAAGACCUCAGAAGUGUCUCAAAUACAUUUAUCUGUUCGGAUGUCUUAGAGGCCUAGGAACUUUGAUCAUCAAUCACUAAAGUUUUAAGUGACUUUUUCGUUUCAUCCAAGACUGUUAGCUACCUUGAUGGGCCCGGUUAAGGUGGAGGACAUGGAGUGGCGGUAUUUUAAUUAGAAAAUUCUAGGGGACGUUUUGUUUUUAUACCGAAACUUAAACAAGACCUUUUUUUAACAAUAAUCACAAUAUCUUGGUAAUAAAAUGCGAAAAGCACAACUGCCGAAAAUCGUGGGUAAGUUAGUAGAAAAUAAUCCGAAUAUCUUCAGAUGUCUUAGACGAUUAAAGCGGUUAUCCAGAAAUUUUUAGCCUUUCUCGAACUUCAGGAAUUCUUAGGCAAUAUUAGCCUGUGCCACAGACGGAACUUAUCUCUGGUGAAGUCCGUCGUUACAUACCGAGGUUUAAUUAUGUCUGCGACGAAGGCUAAGGCAAUAUUCAUUAUUUGCUUCUUCGAACAGAUAUUUUACAGAAAAAAUCGUUGGUGCUCCUAAAUUCUGCAGUGCUUAUUCUGUCUGUUGCAGUACAGUGAUGAAUGCAUCGAGACAGAUCACCAAGAGACCUUUACAAAUUUUGCGUUCAAAAUGAACCAAACCGGAAAAUUUUCGAUCUAUUUGAGGUCAAUAGGCGGCCGCUUGAAAUUUUAAAUUAUACGUGCAUCAUCUCUUUACAAAUCUUAUUGAGCGCAACGUGUUUUUCCACCACAGGACGAAAUUUAUGAUGUCUCGUCCCAGGCUUCAUCUUCCUGUUCAAGCGAUGGUGUGUGUGGCUGCUUUUGGCUUUGGUUUGCCGCUGGCCAUCGCUCUCUUUCCUCAAACAUCUCAGGUCAGGUCGUUGAUAACGAAAAAAGUUAAUGCUGCUUUAUUAAUAAGGCCUUCCCUGAUAAAUGGUUGGCUUAAUUGUUUGGGUUCCAGAUAUCGAAGGGGUAGGCUCGUAGUUCACUUCCCGACCGGACCAACAUUUAGGGUUUAAAUUUAGGAGAAGGCGUUGCUUUUAUUUUACAUCUUCAGUUACUAAGACAUUUUAACAUUGUACGGAAAAAGAAAAAAGUCAACGAAAGAAGUUACUAAAGAAUUUCUCUUUUGUCUACCCAUGUAAUAUCGAAACUUGCGCUUUUGAUUCUUGUUAGAGUUAGCAAAUGCUAAAAAAGUGCUUGUACACGGCUAUUCUUAUAAACUUUGCCUUAAAAUGAAAGGGGUUUAGUUGAAAGUGAGAGUUUUACACUUACAGGCACUGUGGUAAGGAAGAAUGAUUUUCAAACUCAUAGUGACCUUUCUGACAUAUUUUACCUCCGAAACGAAGGCGGCGGGUGACUUCUAAAUUUUUGCAUCUCUGAAACGAGUGAAUUAUUAAUAUGCGAAUUAAAAUUGCGAGAGAAUUGCGAAAUAACUGCUGAUUAAAACUGUAAUGAAAACAGACUGCAAUAUGAAUCAAUACUGUACAACAUCGCUGGGAAGACUUUCGUGUGAAACGAACCUAGCAAGAAUCCCCUUAAUGUCAUUUUGUUAUUUUUUAGGUUUCGCCGUCUGAGCUCGAACCCGAAAUUCAGAUGAAAACAAAAGAGUCCAGGCUUUACUACAACAAAGGACUUUAAUUUAACGAUACAAUAUGAUAACAAAUGAAAUUUAACUCAGUGUAUGGAGCGUUUUUCAAUGGACUCUUCCCACGUAGUCGUCUCUCUGACCAAUCAUAAAGUCUACAGGCAGUCUUAUGAACCAAUCACAACUCAAAGUAAAACAUGCAACCGGCGUCAAGCGCGGGAAAACACAAUAGUCACGUUAGCUUCGAUUUUGCUCCUGACUGGUUACGAAAAUGGCCCGAGAUUUGACAGCCAAUCACAAAGCAAAUCAGUGCAAAUAAACACAAUGGUAAGAGAAGCUAAUUUCUGAGUUGCCCCUCGCCUCUUUCUCAAAACGAGGGUAAGUCCGAAUUCUUUAAUACGAAAAUUAUUUUUUUAUGUUCGUGCAAAUAAAACUGAUUUUCGCAUGAAAGCUUUUGCAGUUGGCCUGAUUUUGAAAGUGAGAGUUUUGGCACUUGAAAGUGACUCACACCUUGUUGAAAACCACUCCAUAUAGAUAAUGUAGUAAAAUGUCCAGGGUAGCAAGCAUCCAAUGCGUUUUGGUUGCUGAAUAUUUAUAAUUUAAAAUCCCCUUGUAACUAGAUAAUUUUAUAUCAGUUGAAUGUAAUUAACUCUUAUGUGUAGUUUACUUUUAGUAAAUUGAACACACAAUCUCAAAAUACUUCUAAAAAAACAAAGGAACGAAAUGGUUCUCUAACAAAUUAUAGCUUUGCUUAAUGCAAUGAAUAUUACGAGACGAAGGAAUGACAAAAU